AGUUGACACUCGAUGUGUGAGAGAAGGACGAGAACUUCCUGGUGGAGAUAGAUAGCAACACAAGAGGGGGCAGGACGCAAGAACUGCCCGACACCCGCCUAGGGGCGCUCCCCGUGCCCUGUCUACCAGUUCCCCGCCACCAGUUGCGCCUCGGCUGAGCGGAGACUUGCCUUGUGCCAGAAUGUAGUGGCUCUGAGUGCGACUAUGCUGAAGUAUCAGUUGCUUUCGCAGUUGAUGAAAGGAUAUCAGGAGGCUAGCUAGGAAGAUCAGAAGUAAUCCUAAACUGAGUGUGUGAGCCGAAGAAAUUUUAUUUUUGGAUUAGUGCAAGUUACUUCUUUGAUAUAACCUGCCUGCUGGUUGCGUGGAUUCAGGUUUCAGCAAGUGAUGCUUCAGAUGAACGCAAUGGUUUUCUUGCUUUGAGAGGGAGAAGAAGUUCCAACAACAUUCUGUCCUUCAAUCUCCACAAGAACAGCAUUACUGACACACCAUGAAGAUCACUGUGAAACGCAAAUGGAGCUGGCUUGGGAAGAGCUGUAUUCUGAUCAGUUUAUUAUGGAUUGCUUACGUUAUCAUAGAACUAUCAAUUUCCACUUUUCAAAACUCUGCUGGGCAGAAAAGUGCUGAGGAGAGGGAGUACCGGGCCGAUUCUUAUGAUGAGCAAAGUGAGGAUCUGACGCGCCCAGUAUAUGAGAAACCUGAUAUUGAUCUACACAGUCCAGGGGAGUUGGGUAAGGCUGUGAAUUUGCCGCUGAAUGCUGAUGAGAAAAAGAAACAAGAGGAGAGUAUUGAGAGAUAUGCUAUCAACGUUUAUGUAAGUGAUAAAAUAUCACUGCAUCGCCACAUCCAGGAUGAUCGAAUGCCUGAGUGCAGGGCAAAACGGUUCAAUUAUAGGAAACUUCCUACCACUUCUGUAGUUAUCGCAUUUUAUAAUGAGGCCUGGUCUACACUUCUCCGCACAAUUCACAGUGUACUGGAAACAUCUCCUGCUGUUCUCCUUAAAGAACUCAUUCUUGUCGAUGACUAUAGUGAUCGAAUUUAUCUGAAGUCCCAACUGGAGCAGUACAUCAGUAACCUUCAGCGAGUGCGUCUCAUUCGAACCAAUAAGAGGGAGGGACUGGUACGUGCCCGUUUGAUUGGUGCAACUUUUUCUACUGGAGAUGUGCUCACAUUUCUGGAUUGUCAUUGCGAGUGUGUUCCUGGCUGGUUGGAGCCACUGUUAAAGAGGAUUAGCGAGAAUGAAACUGCUGUUGUAUGUCCGGUUAUUGACACUAUCGAUUGGAACACUUUUGCAUUCUACAUGCAGACAGGGGAACCAAUGAUUGGAGGAUUUGACUGGCGUCUUACAUUCCAGUGGCAUGUUGUCCCUGAGCAUGAAAGAAAACGAAGGAAAUCAAGAAUAGACCCAAUUAGAUCACCUACGAUGGCAGGAGGGCUGUUUGCUGUCAGUAAGAAGUAUUUUGAAUACCUGGGCACCUAUGACACAGGGAUGGAAGUAUGGGGGGGAGAGAAUCUAGAAUUGUCCUUUAGGAUAUGGCAAUGCGGAGGCACCUUGGAAAUUGAUCCCUGUUCACAUGUAGGCCACGUUUUUCCAAAGCGUGCUCCUUACGCUCGACCAAAUUUCCUCCAAAACACUGUGCGAGCAGCUGAAGUCUGGAUGGAUGAAUACAAAGUACACUUUUAUUACCGGAAUCCUCCAGCUAAAAAGGAAAAGUAUGGUGAUAUUUCUGGGAGAAAACUGCUCCGGGAACGCUUGGAGUGCAACAAUUUCAACUGGUAUUUGAAGAAUAUAUACCCAGAAUUGCAUGUGCCAGAGGAUCGUCCUAGUUGGCAUGGAGCUAUUCGUAGUGAAGGAAUUCACUCAGAAUGCCUGGAUUACAAUGCACCAGAACAUAGUCCAGUAGGAGCACAUCUGUCUUUGUUUGGAUGCCAUGGCCAGGGAGGUAAUCAGUAUUUUGAAUAUACCUCCAAAGGAGAAAUUCGAUUUAAUUCUGUGACUGAACUGUGUGCAGAAGUGACUGAUGAAAAAAAUUAUAUUGGAAUGACGUAUUGCCCAUUAGAUGACGCUCCUGUUCCAGAGUCUAUUACGUGGGAAUUUAAACAUAAUGGAAUGAUAUUUCACCCUAAAUCCAACAAGUGCAUUACUUCUUAUCACACUGCUGAAGGACGGAUGGAUGUGGAAAUGAGAAUUUGCAAUUCGCAGGACAAUAAUCAAAUUUGGCAUUUUGAAUAGAAAGGAUUAUUUACAAUUUUCCAGAGUAAACCCACAAAAUACUUUGACUUAUGUACCUGUCAAAGGGAAGUCAAUGCUCAAUGAACAGUUAAUAUUUAACGCACUGAAGCUAAAUGCAAAUUUUAUCACCAUGGUGCCUGACAAAUUGAUGUGAAACAUCAGGGGUGGGUGGGGUGGAGGGGGAAGCUUGGGUGAUGAAGGUUUUGAAUAUUUUUGAAUGUCAGUCAUUCUGUGUUGUGUUUGUUCAUGAUGUCUUAUUCAUGGUUCUUCUCUAUAGGGUUUUGAUUUCUUUCCCCUUCCCUAAUCACUACAUCAGAUAAUUGAAACUAAUGAAUCUGCUUUUUGGAUUUAAAGAGCCCAUGUUGCUUUUGAUUUGUACAAUCUUGCAUGACUUAAUUUUGUUAUUUUUUAAAAAAGGGAAGAAAAGAUUGCAGGCUUCAAUCUAGACCAAAUGAAACAAUUCCGUUUCAGAAUGUAAAGAGAAUUUUUAGAUGUCAAAUUUUUACUGAAUUUAUGAAACGUGGUUUAAAAUACAAAUUAUCAUAUGAUAAAAUACAAUGGUAAAAGGGAUAAGUGAUCUGUAAAGCACUUACAAUGCAGGAACAAAUGGAGGGAACAACUUAUGCAGAUAAAAGGAAUGUGUGAAAUAACCUCCUGUAUUUUAGAAUUCUGUAUGAAUAAAUUAUUGUUUUUAAAAAAAAAAAUCCUUGUUUUACUGUUGAAUGUAAAAGCAAAUACUGCAGAUGCUGGAAAUUUGCUUUUAUUGAUUAAAUUACUAUAACAUCA